UUGUUCGGCGGUUUGUCGCGACCAUGCCCGAGCCGGCCAAGUCCGCGCCCGCCCCGAAGAAGGGCUCCAAGAAGGCGGUGACCAAGGCGCAGAAGAAGGACGGCAAGAAGCGCAAGCGCAGCCGCAAGGAGAGCUACUCGGUCUACGUGUACAAGGUGCUGAAGCAGGUGCACCCCGACACCGGCAUCUCGUCCAAGGCCAUGGGCAUCAUGAACUCCUUCGUCAACGACAUCUUCGAGCGCAUCGCGGGCGAGGCGUCGCGCCUGGCGCAUUACAACAAGCGCUCGACCAUCACGUCGCGGGAGAUCCAGACGGCCGUGCGCCUGCUGCUGCCCGGCGAGCUGGCCAAGCACGCCGUGUCCGAGGGCACCAAGGCCGUCACCAAGUACACCAGCUCCAAGUGA